CUCGGCCCUGGUGCUAGGGACCGCGGCAGGCCAAGGGGGAGGUGCGGGUGGGUAGAAGGGACAGGUCUGGGCAGCGCUCGGGGGUUGGUGCCAGUUCGCUCAUCCAUUCAAGCGGCAGUACGCACUUGUCCUAGCAGUUCUCGUCGGCGGACCUAACUGCGUUUUCUGCGGUCCCGCAUCCAAAGCUCAUCUGCAAACGUCUUGGCGUCCGUCUUCAUCAUGCCUAGCCUUUGGGAUCGCUUUUCAUCGUCGUCGUCCUCUUCGUCGUCGUCCUUGUCCAGAACUCCCACCUCGGAUCAGCCGCCGCGCUCAGCCUGGGGGUCGGCGGCCCGAGAAGAGGGUCUUGGCCGGUGCGCGAGCCUGGAGAGCUCGGACUGCGAGUCCCUGGACAGCAGCAACAGUGGCUUUGGGCCGGAGGAAGACUCGACAUACCUGGAUGGGGUGUCCCUGCCCGACUUCGAGCUGCUCAGCGACCCUGAGGAUGAGCACUUGUGUGCCAGCCUGAUGCAGCUGCUGCAGGAGAGCCUGUCCCAGGCGCGGCUGGGCUCGCGGCGCCCCGCGCGCCUGCUGAUGCCAGGCCAGCUGGUGAGCCAGGUGGGCAAGGAACUGCUGCGCCUGGCCUUCAGUGAGCCGUGCGGCCUGCGGGGGGCGCUGCUGGAUGUCUGCGUCGAGCAAGGCAAGAGCUGCUACAGCGUCGGGCAACUGGCCCUCGACCCCAGCCUGGUGCCUACCUUCCAGCUGACCCUCGUGCUGCGCCUGGACUCACGCCUCUGGCCUAAGAUCCAGGGGCUGUUCAGCUCCGCCAACUCUCCCUUCGUGCCGGGCUUCAGCCAGUCCCUGACGCUGAGCACGGGCUUCCGAGUCAUCAAGAAAAAGCUGUACAGCUCGGAGCAGCUGCUCAUUGAGGAGUGUUGAACUGGGGCCUUUGGGGGGGGUGGGGGGGGAGCGACCCUGCCCCCAUGACAGAGAGACAGAUGAACUUUUUGAGGUGGACCCUGGCAGGCAGGAGCUGAGGGACUGAAGCCUGUCCUUGGAAAACUGACAGCAGCCACCUGAGGGGGAGGAAGGUUGAGGUGGUGGGGAACAUUGCGUUUCCAUGGAGGCUAGCUGAGGGGAGCAGGUGGCUCCCGGCCCCUCAGUACUGUAGCAUGAAACAAAGGCUCAGGGGCCAACGGGGCCCCUGGCUGGAUGUGUAUGUAGCAUGUACUUUACCAUUUUUAUUGUUGCUGACAGUUAAGACAACAGUGGUGUGACAGAGCCAGGAGAGCGGCUGGGCUGCACUGGCCUCUGCAGGGUUGGGGGGAGGGGAGUGUGUUCCUGUUAAGGGCACUGGUGGGAGUGGGGGGGAGGUCAAGGUGGUUUGUGUACUCAUGGUCUGAAGGGGCCAAAUGUGUUUUUGGUUUUUGUAGCUUUUGGUUGUUUUGUUGUUGUUGUUUUUGUUUUUUUGAUCGGAGCUUCACUACUGACCUGUCCUAGGCAGCUAUCUUACAGACGCAUGAAUGUAAGGAGGUAAGGGUGAUGUGGGGAUCACUUGGGGAUCUUGGACAUCUGAAGAAAAACUACACCUGGGAGCUGCGUUUGCCCAUCCCCUGCUGUGUACUGAGGAGUGGAGCUAUGAGGGGAUGGGGUGGGAUUGGGGUUGGGGGCUGGAACCCCUCCCCCUGAGGAGUACCAUCUGGGUCUUCCAUCUAGAACUGUUUACAUGAAGAUACUCGCUGUUCAUGAAUACACUUGAUGUUCAAGUAUUAAGACCUAUGCAAUAUUUUUUACUUUUCUAAUAAAAAAAUGUUUGUUAAAA